AAAUGAUUCAGAUUGAAUGCUCAACAAGGAACUUAGCUUUUGGACAGACGGGAAAAAUAAUUAAAAAAAACAAUGUGAUGGAUUAUUUAUUUUAAAUGUAACCAUAAGCAAAAUAAAAGGAACGUGAUCUCUUAUAGGUCUACACAGCCUGUGGAAAUUAUCCAUCAGCCUUAAGGGGACAGAGGCUUCAUCAGUCCAUGAAAUCACCAGGAAAUUGAACCGCCAAUCUGCAGGUCUACACAGCCUGCGGAAAUUAUCCAUCAGCCUUAAGGGGACAGAGGCUUCAUCAGUCCAUGAAAUCACCAGGAAAUUGAACCGCCAAUUUGCUGGACUUUUAUAUGCAAUAUAUAUAUAUAUUUAAUAUAUUUAUAUGAUUUUUAAAACCAUUUUUCUAAAAUGAAGAGAUUUGGUCGCUGCCAAGUACUGAGUGUACUGCUUGUAAUUUUGACUAUUGGGAUAGAUGAGAGUGAGGAAGUCUCUGCCGUUGUCGAAGAUAGGAAUGGAGAUUCUACCACUACCACAACCGUGAAUGUUGACAACCCAACAGACUGUGAUAAGGUGUUCCUUAUUAUUGUGACAGGAUCAGGACUGUUCAAUUAUGUGAUAGCUACUGGCAACAUAGGUGGUGCCUUUACGACUGCCACAGAUACAGAUAGCGGUGAUGAGAAACUACAGUGUAACAUGGCAACUAUUAGAACCAAUGCGAUAGCGUCAUACAGCUUGUCAAUAACUGUCACUGAUACUGGCGACUCAUCCACAGACACCAGAACUGUUACCGUGAUUGUUGAAAACCUCGUGAUACCAAGUGUAGAAUGUGACCAGGUUCCAAGUGUACCGAAUGGAAGCAUUGUCGGUGGAGAUCAGUCACCUUAUGCCGAGGGUCAGAAUGUGACGUACUCUUGCACUACCGGGUACACUAUCAAUGGUACAGCCAAGAUAUCCUGUAAUGGCUCUGGGGUCUGGUCGGAGCCACCAUCCUGCCUUAAAGAUAUAGGCUCAUCUUGCUCCUCUGAUGCUGAAUGUCGGAUCACCUUGCACACACCACCCUAUGUUUGUGAUAAUACAGUGUGUAAAUUUGGAGUAGGAGGAAGAAAUUGCACAGACAUUGCCAAUUCUUGCUUAACAAAUGGCCGAUGUACGUCAGGUGCUUGUGAAUGUGUUGACGGGUUCGAUUCUGUUGACAACAAGUGUUACAAGUUGAUACUGUCAAGCCCAAAAAACGGUAGUGUGAUAGAAAUCUGCGAGACAACAGAAAUAAAUGAAGUGAUUGCAAACCUUUCUGCUAGCUUCGCUCCAACAAGUACUGAUUUCAUGUUCAAAAUUUCCGAUCCGUCGAAACACUUUUCAACAGCAGACGAGACCAUUACUGUUGUUUCGGAUUUAGACGUUGACGUUGAAACACCCGUAACUUCCUACGUACUUAUAAUCGAACUUUCGCAUCCAAACAGUUCCCGAACUGUUUCAUCUACAAUCACCAUAAGUGUGGAGGAUGAUAAUGACAAUGCGCCUGAAUUUGGCAAAAGUAUCUACACGUUCAACAUAAGUGAAAAUUUUACAGCAUCAAAAGCCGUUGGAACGAUAACUGCUACGGACAAAGACAGCACGUCACCAAACAACAUGAUCGCAACCUAUACAGUUUUUGGUACCAGCAAAUUCAAAAUAACCCCUGAGGGAGUAUUGAUGGUUUUAUUUGGGGCAUCGUUUAAUUACAUUACAACGCCAUUUUACACAUUUCUUGUCAUGGCAACUGAUGGUGGAGAGGAAGAUAUGGAACUGUCGACAAAUGUAUCCGUUACUGUCAACGUUAAGCCAGAUAUUGGAUCAUGGUGUUCUUCUGACGAAGAUUGUACAGGAAUUCUCUCUUCUGGCUCAUCUUUUGUUUGUGACAACUCUAAGUGCAAAUCUGAAUGUUCUAACGAUAAAUUUGGUGAGAACUGUGAGCAGAUCUGUCCAUGCAACAUGACAAACACAGAUAUUUGUGACAAAGUUACCGGUAAUUGCCUUUGUAAACGUACUUGGACUGGCACUACUUGCAACGACGAUAUUGAUGAAUGUAGUCCGACUGGAUCCUUUUUAAAUCCAUGUGUGAUAAAGCACCACACGGUGUGCGAAAAUACUAUUGGAAAUUAUACAUGCAAUUGUAUAACCGGCUAUCAGAAAGACGCCAUAGGCUGUGUUGAAUGCCCUCGUGGUCAAUUUGGUGAGAACUGUGCCCAGACCUGCCCAUGCAACAUGACAAACACAGAGAUUUGUGACAAGGUCGACGGAAAUUGCCAAUGCAAACCUUCUUGGAAAGGCGCUACUUGCAACGAGGAUGUUGACGAAUGUAAUCCGGCUGGACCAUUUUUAAAUCCAUGCGUGAUAAAGGAGCACACGGUGUGCGCAAAUACCAAUGGCAAUUAUGAAUGCAAUUGUAUUACUGGCUAUCAGGAUAACGCCAUAGGCUGUGUCUUGACUACGGCGCUCAAAACGACAAGCGCAACAAAUGCUUCGAUGAUCGCGUAUUUAGCCGGCGGGGUCGGGGGCGGUCUCUUUUUCAUCGUCGGUGUCGUCUGUGUUGUCUUCUUUGUAUGGAGAAGGAAGCGAGCUGUUGAUGACGAGUGCAAACGAUCUCUUUCUCAAGCGGACUCAAAGGCAAAGGAAGGUCAAGAAUACAGCGAUCUUGAUGGCCCCCAGAACGUGAACGACAUUCAAGUUAUUGAGAUUAACCAGUACGAAUCGCUUUUAUCUGUAGCGGAAAUGAGGGCAAUGGAAGCACGGAAGAACAGUUCUUAUGCUGAUCCCAAAGAAAAGAACGACAUUAACAGUCUUGAGAUGAAUAAAUAUGAGUCCCCUCUAUCUGCAACAGACUAUCAGGCAACCGAAUACAAUAACUUAGCAACUGACCUGUAAAAUAAGCAGUGCACAUUUUGCACAUUUUCAAUGUGUCAUCUUCUAUUAAUUUGUACCAUGUUUAAUUCGAUAGAACGAUUUUUAUGAACUGAAUACAAUUAAAUUAUUUGUGAUCAUUACUGAAUACUGACCUGUUCUUAUCAUGCUGUGAAUAUUGCCGACUGUAUUAUAUACCAUUUAAUCUGAUAAUGAACCUGCAACUACUGAAUGAUAUGUUGAUAACACAUAGUAACUCGAAUGAAAUUUUGAAAUAAUUAAGAAAUACUAACAUAUCUUUAUUUGGUUUUAUUGUAUAUUGAUUGAUCGCUACACAUACUCAUAAAUUCUGAAAGUGCAUGUUUUAUUAAACAAUAAUUUGUUGAAUUAUACAUAUAUAAAAUCUA